CGUGACACCUCUCCCCAACUCCCCACAACCGAAUCCGCUGCCUUCCUCACGACCGCACUCUUCCACUUUUUUUUUAUCUAUAAGCUGUCUUACUUUUCAGAUUGAGUCCCACGUCGAAGAACACACUAUGACCAUCGAGAUUACCUCCGAUGCCGACCUGCCGAAGUGUUUAAACACGCCAUCGAAGCAGGCUUCAAAGGCGCGGCAACUGGCCCACAUGCACUCCGGUAUCCUCGCCAAGAAGGCUCGAGGACCUCGACCCCAAGGCUUUUUCAGUAGGACGAUGAUCGUAACGCUGCAGAAUGGCGAAGACGUCGUCAUCCAGUUCCGGCCAGAACCCCUUGACCUGGAGUCCUUCCAGGUUGCCCGGAGAGCACUUGGCGCAAUAGUCCCUAACAUCAAAGUUAUGGAGGACGAAGACCUGGAAUGCGAGGGCAUAUGGGUUUACUGGAUGGAGUGUAUUCCUGGGAAGACAUGGCUUGAUGGCGCAAGAGGGAGAGUCUCGCAAACCAGGGUCACCACCGUCCGAUCUUUGGGUCGCAUUUUGUCAAAAGGCUAUGUCGGCAAUACUAGUGCAUUGGUGGUUGACCGCAACCUUCGCCCGCAUCUUGAGUUACUCUUAGCCUCCGAGGACCCCCAGAUCCGUCUAUUCCACGCCGUGGCGAGAGAUUUACUCGGCAAAUUGGACCAGCUUAAGAGUCUACCACUUUUUGUCGCUCACUUUGACCUAAACAAUGUCAACAUCAUGGUUAACGAUAACUGCGAGGUGUCUGGCAUCAUCGACUGGGAAUUAUCGACCCCUCUUCCCUUUGGCAUGGGCUUUGGCCGCAUCCACACACUUGCUGGCGAGUUUUCCGAGAAGAAAUUCUACAUGCCGCCUGAGUUUGAAGAUGCAGAGAGGGGGUUCUGGCAGGAGGUUUGGGAUGGGAUCCCUGAGUAUGUCCGCAGCCAUGCCGACCCGGAAGCAGUCCAGAUCGCUGUCACUCUAGGGACUCUUCUGAAUGCCUUUCAGAUAGAGGAAGGCAAAAUCGGACCCUUUAACCCCGUAGUCAUUGAUGCUAUCCCAAAGCUUCUUACCUACCGUAUUCCCUUGAUAAGGGGAACUGAUUCACCACCAUAUUCAGAAUGAGUGAGAAUGGACGGUUUGAGUUGCGGUUGCCAAUGUUGUAAAAUAGUUAGACGGAUAACUUAGACCAGAAAUGCAAUGGUAAGCGGUAUGAAGUAGGCUCAGGCGGCUUCAACUUUCA